GCUUUGUGGGAAGUGAAAGAAGCAUGGCUGACAGGGACACUUGGAGGCCUCCGAGGGACUGCAGUGAUUACUGGAUUGAAUGGAAGCACUGCCGAAGCUUGAGCAACCGCUUCCACAACUACUACACCCAUGGGAUAGCGUCCGAGUGCCAGCAGUGGAAAAUAGACUAUAAAAGCUGCAAAGACUGGGAGGCAACUGCUAGCAAUGAGGCCAAGGAAGCUCUACGACAGAGUGAAAGUAGUAGACUCAACGAGAAACAAAGUUAUCUUCCAGUGGGGAGACUCAGAAAGAAACCCCCUGCAGACUGGUACUUACCAUUGGACAGAGACAAAUUUAAAUAGUGAGAAAAAUUGGUGGGUUACUACAUGUCUGCAAGCAGAUAGAACAACUGGACUUUGCACUGGAUCGUUACUGGUCUGGGGAUAAAAAGCUAAUCAAAUAAUAUGCACACUCAAUUUGCCAUCUGUACUGACCUUUGCAAAAGUUUCAUUGUGGAAGGGGGAAACCUAUUCAAUUUGUCAGAAGCUAAAUUGAACAAAACCCAAAACAGAUAAUAUUUGAUACAGCACAUACUAUUAAAAGAGUCUUGAAAGUUCAUAUUACUUGUCAUCUGAUCUUCUUCUGAAAGGAAAAUUAAUAAUUAAUUCAAAUAAACAAAAAUACCCAGUUUUAUCAUAUGGAAUUUCUCUGCACCAGUUACAUUUACGUAAAUUAUCUCUGUUUACUUCAUAACAUAGAUUGCAAGUGGCAGCAUAAACAAAUAUAUUGAUAAAUCUAUAAAUUGUAUAUGUUUGAGAAGUUGUAGGUGCCAUGAUUGUUCCUAAAACAUGUUCCAUCAAGUAUAGUUUCCUAUGUUAAAGUGGCUCUGUCACCAAAAUAUACUUUCUCUGAU